GUGAGACGUUGUGGUGACACAGCGAGAGCGUCCUGUCAACAUGAGCCCCGAAGGAAAGUCGCUGCUCAACAUCAUCGUCCUCGGCUUCGGGUUUAUGUUCAUGUUCACCGCCUUUCAAACAUGCGGGAACAUCGAGCAAACCGUUCUGAAGAGCUACAACAGCUCAGACUUCCAUGGCAGCGGAUACACCAGUAUGUCCAUCAUCUAUGGCGUGUUCUCGGCCUCCAACCUCAUCGCUCCCUCAGUGGUGGCCGUCAUUGGUCCACAGCUGGCCAUGUUCUUCAGUGGUCUCCUCUACAGUGGCUACAUUGCCAUGUUUAUCCAUCCGCUGACCUGGAGUUUCUACACGGCAUCGGUUUUGGUCGGCAUCGCCGCAGCAGUGUUGUGGACUGCCCAGGGGAACCUGUUGACCAUUAACUCCUCGGACAGCACCAUCGGCCGGAACACCGGCAUCUUCUGGGCCCUGCUGCAGUUUAGCAUGUUCUUUGGGAACCUGUACGUCUACAUCGCCUGGCACGGGAAAACACACAUAUCAGAUAGGGACCGCCAGACGCUGUUCAUUUCCUUGACGGUCAUCAGUCUGGUGGGGAGCUUCCUGCUCUUCCUGAUCCAGCGGGUCGAACCAGACCCCGCCUCUUCUGAGUCCUCUGAGUCUCUGUUGCCCGCGGAAACCACACUCACAGACAGCAGCCCUGCAGUGCUUGCAGCACCUCCUGGUUUAGGCUUCCAGGCCCUGGACGCCUUCAAGAAGGCUUUGAAGCUGUUUGUCACCAAAGAAAUGCUGUUUCUCAGUAUAACCAUAGCCUACACGGGGCUGGAGAUGACCUUCUACAGUGGCGUUUAUGGCACUAGUCUUGGAGCCAUGACUGUGUUUGGAGACAACGCCAAGAGCCUGAUCGGCCUCUCUGGCAUCUGCAUUGGCAUCGGGGAGAUCCUGGGAGGGGGCAUAUUUGGGAUGCUGAAUAAGUAUAUCCAGGUGGGACGGAACCCUGUGGUGCUGCUGGGGCUGGUCACACACUUUGUGGGGUUCUUCCUGAUCUUCCUCAACAUCGCCAGCGACGCUCCCAUCGCACCUGAGGAGGGGACACACCUGCAGGCCUUCAUCACGCCCAGUGUAGAGGUGGCUCUGUUGUGUAGUUUCCUGCUGGGUUUUGGAGACAGCUGCUUCUACACGCAGCUGCUAAGCAUUGUGGGAUACAUGUUCCGCGAGGACAGCGCACCAGCCUUCGCCGUCUUCUAUUUCAUCCAGUCCAUCAUGGCGGCGGUGGCGUUCCUGUACAGUAACUACCUGCUGCUGCACUGGCAGCUGUUGGUGCUGGUGGUGAUGGGUUUUCUGGGCACGCUCAGUUUCUUCGUGGCCGAGUGGCUCGCCGUCCAACGCAAGCGUGACUCUGACUACAACAGCAUCUAACCUGCCCUGGUGCCACCCCC